UGAGGGAAAGCCCCUCCGCAAGGACUAAGUUUCCAAACUUGCAGACAAGACAGGGAGAGUCAAGGAAGAGUUCCUGGGAAGCCCUUUAAAACAAGGGAAGUGGGGCUGGCGGCAGAGAGGUGUGCCUGGUCCCAGGCAGCCCUGCUGGCCUCUGGGGACGUGGAGCACCUGCUUCUGAGAGCACUGAGGGGUGGCCACCUGUGAAGCCUGGACACCCAAAACUGGACUGCCUGGCUUUCUUCAUAGACCCAUCUUCUGCUUGGACUAGAAGCUGACCUCCAACGAGAGCCAGGUGACCCCUCGGGAGAGAAUGGCCCGUGUGGGGGACCGUAAGUGGACGCCCUGGCUCCCUGUCCUGGUGGUGUCUCUGAUGUGCUCGGCCAGAGCGGAAUACUCAAACUGUGGCGAGAAUGAGUACUACAACCAGACCACGGGGCUGUGCCAGGAGUGUCCCCAGUGCGGGCCAGGGGAGGAGCCCUACAUGUCCUGCGGCUAUGGCACCAAAGAUGAGGACUAUGGAUGCGUCCCCUGCCCAGCAGAGAAGUUUUCCAAAGGAGGCUACCAGAUAUGCAGGCGCCACAAAGACUGUGAGGGCUUCUUCCGGGCCACCGUGCUGACACCAGGGGACAUGGAGAACGACGCCGAGUGUGGGCCUUGUCUCCCUGGCUACUACAUGCUGGAGAACAGGCCCAGGAACAUCUACGGCAUGGUCUGCUACUCCUGCCUGCUGGCACCCCCCAACACCAAGGAAUGUGUGGGAGCCACUUCGGGAGUCUCUGCCAGCUUCCCUAGCACGUCCAGCAGUAGCACGCUGUCCCCCUUCCAGCACACCCAUAAAGACCUCUCAAGCCAAGGACACCUGGCCACCGCCCUGAUCAUUGCGAUGUCCACCAUCUUCAUCAUGGCCAUCGCCAUUGUCCUCAUCAUCAUGUUCUACAUCAUGAAGACGAAGCCUUCUGCCCCAGCCUGCUGUGCCAGCCACCCGGUGAAGAGUGUGGAGGCCCCAGUAAGCAAGGAUGAGGAGAAGAAAGAGGCCCCAGACACUGUGGUGAUCUUCUCUGAGAAGGAUGAAUUUGAGAAGCUGACUGCAGCUCCAGCAAAGCCCGCCAAGAGUGAGAACGACGCCUCGUCCGAGAACGAGCAGCUGCUGAGCCGCAGCGUGGACAGUGACGAGGAGCCGGCCCCCGACAAGCAGGGCUCCCCAGAGCUGUGCCUGCUGUCGCUGGUCCACCUGGCGAGGGAGAAGUCCGCCGCCAGCAACAAGUCAGCCGGGAUUCAGAGCCGAAGGAAGAAGAUACUGGACGUGUAUGCCAACGUGUGCGGAGUCGUGGAAGGUCUCAGCCCCACGGAGCUGCCCUUUGAUUGCCUUGAGAAGACGAGCCGAAUGCUCAGCUCUACGUACAACUCCGAGAAGGCCAUCGUGAAGACGUGGCGCCACCUUGCCGAGAGCUUCGGACUGAAGAGGGAUGAGAUUGGGGGCAUGACAGACGGCAUGCAGCUCUUUGACCGCAUCAGCACAGCAGGCUACAGCAUCCCCGAGCUGCUCACAAAACUGGUGCAAAUCGAGCGGCUGGAUGCCGUGGAGUCCUUGUGCGCAGACAUCCUAGAGUGGGCAGGGGUGGUUCCACCCACUUCCCAGCCACCUGUGGCUUCCUGAGGAGCAAGCCUGUGGCCUGUCCUCC